ACCCAAAAAGAACUGGAAGAAAAGAAAGAAACAACAACACCUAUUAAAGCCUGUAAAAGAGAAAAAACUUCUGGUGCUGAACACUGAAAAAAAAAAAAAAAAAAAAACCUGAAAGAUAUAAUGGAAGUUGCUAUGGAAGUAGAAGAUGAUUCGUUCUUUGCAGAUUUGAGCAAGCAGAUUUCUCUUCUAAUCAUGGAUGAUGAAGAAGACCCACUUGCAAAUUGCCCUUCAGUUUCUCUCCAGGCUUUUUCUCAUGCAACCCAUCCUCCUGUACAAUCGCCUUUUCUAUAUGAGCAAGUUUGCAGAAGAGAAAGCAAAGGGACUGGUGUUUUUAUUCCUCAAUCAUCUCAGCCAAGAAGGAAGAACAGACAAGGAAGAUUUACUUCAUACAACACAAAAUCUCAAAGACAACCAGAAAACAAUAAGAUUGCUUCCCAACUGCCUUCCAGUGCUUCUUUUAAACCAAAAUAUGGCAGGGGAUAGAUCUUAAUACCAAUUGUAGAAUUGAAAUAAUCACCUACUAAUUAAAUACCCCUUUUGCCAAAUAUGUUAUAUGGUAAUUAGGAUUUUAUGGUUUUACAUAUGGGAAAUCUUGUACAUGGGUAAUCUCUACGUAUCUACGUCUAUAUUUAUAUAUAUAUACUCAGUGUGUGAAAAAAGAGGUUCAACAAAGGUUUUGUACCUCUCCAGUUUAUGGACAUGUAUGGUUUUCUACUGAGUCUGAUAUAGGAUUAAGUUUGGAUAAAUUCAUUUGAUGUUAUAUAUUAAAUUAUUUUAGUUUA